AUCGCAUCCAUCGCCAGACACCCGGACGCCCACCCCGACCGAUGGCGGACUCCUUCUUUGGGUUCAACACGACCCUCCCUCCGGAUGGCCCACGGGCAGCAAAGUCCUCGGGUCCCAAGCGCCCGUCGCGCCAGGACCGCUUUGGCGAUGCCCAGGCCGCACAGCGCAAGCCAUCCAAGCCUGCUUAUGGCGCUCUCAACAGCACCGAAGACCCUGCGCUCUGGGACGACCCGGAAGAUGCGCUCUUGUCGAUCGACGAGAAAAUGGAGCGAAAGUUUCGCCAAAUGGAACUCGAAGCCGCCCGUGCCCUCGACGAUGGCGGCCGAUCGGAUGUGGAUGAGCGCCAGGACGGCCUCCCGCUCGAGGAGCAAGGGGAUCUGAAUCUCGAAACCUUUGGCCAUAUCGACUCGGCAAACAUGGGAAAGGAUUUUGAUUUCCAGGCCGGGAAUGCCUUCUUCAGCGAUGAAAUCGAAAACUCAAGAGAGGACUAUUUGUCCUACCCUCACAGGAAGCCGAGCGAACAGCCCCAGCCUUCUGUGCAGUCGACCGCGGGCUCUGGAAUCGAUCAGCCUCUUCCUCGCCAGCAAGCUCGUCCUGACCCCCUCAAGUCACUUUGGGAAGAUCCCAAACUCGAGACCGGACCGAGCAAGGCCUGGUCAGCUUCAGCUUCAGCGACGGCUCCGCCUGCAAAGAGAACUCCAAUGACUCUCGCCGAAGUGGAAGAGCAAAUGAUCCGAGGCAGUAGCCCUGCUGCUCCUCCUGCGUCUCGUCGGGUUCUUACUCUCGAAGAGGUCGAAGGCAAUCUCUAUGGAGCCCCUUCAGCCCAGAGCCGCUACUCUGAGGAGCUGGAAGCCCAGCGAUCCAUCCAGGCGCCUUUGACGCAGCCUGUUCAGGCUUCUCGCUCUCAUGAUGCCGUCGCGGCCCAGCGAUUGCAGUAUAUGAUGCAGCAGGGUCUGAUCCCCGAGCAUCUUCGAGAAACCGUCCGCCAAGCUCUUCAGCAGGGUGUACCUUUUGAGGAAAUCGAGCGAUUCGUGCGUCGGUCCCAGCAAAAUAUGCCCCCGGCUGGCCAUGCUCCGCAUCCGGGCUCGCCACACUAUCCCGGUGCCCAUAUCCAACCAGGGUUUCCCGCCGGUCAGCCUCACCACGGGCUUUCCCAGCAGCAGCAGCAGCAACAACAACAGCAACAACAACAGCAACAGCAACAACAACAGCAGCAGCAGAUGCGUCUCCGCCUCCAACAAGUCGAGGAGCUUAUCCGCGUUCUUGCCCAUCAAAACGGGCAACAUCCUGAUGAGUUUCAGACAGCAUGGACGGUACAUGCGAUCCAGCAAGGCCUACGUCCUGAAAACGCUGAUGCCGCCUUCCUGAACUAUAUGCUUCAGCUUCUGGACAGCCUGCAGAGUCAAGAGCAGAGCAUCGGAACAUCUCCCCCUUCUAACCCGUCCGCCGCCUCCGUGCGUGUCGAUCAAGGACAGGGCCAGCCAUACCCGGGAUACUACGGUCCUACCCAUCCUCACCCAUCGCAGCAACGACCGCAGUAUCAGCAGCCCCAGGCACCUCGCAACUUCGAGCGAGAGGCUGAGUACUCGAGUUCUCGAAUGCCAAGUCACCCAUCUGGCGGCGAGAUAGGAGGUGGACCGAACUUCGGCCCUCGGAAUCAGCCGCGUAGUGGCGGUGGAUACGGACAGCGCGGUAACCAAAACCAGGGAGCGGGCUCUGGCCAGCGACAGAACCGCCAAGGAGGCAACAACACCAGCCGCGAUCGGAACGACGACCGCAGCCGUCCCGACAUCUAUGACGAAUCCAAGCCCCACCAUGUAUGCCCAUGAGCAACGAUGCUGCAACGGCAUCGCUUUGCUUCUCUGUUGGUGUUUUUUUUCUACUUGUGGGCUCCUGGGUGACCCACUUGAUCCGUAGGCACUCGAUUACCUCGACA